UUGACUAAUUUCAACAUUUUUAAGCCAUAAAAAAUGGAUACUGAUAACGAUAAUGAACAACUGAACUCUUCGUCGACGAGCAGCAGUAACAAUAGCAGCAGCAGCAAUUUGCUCGCAAAUUUACCUAUGCUCCCAAUAUUGCAGUCAACUGAUAAUGAUGGUGGCGGGCAUUUCGCAGAGCCCGAGGCACUACCGGAGCCCUUGGACGAACGCAUCGGUGCAGUUGRAUUGCCACAACCGCCAUCACCAUCACCACCGCCACCACCAACACCACCACAGCAACAACUUCAUACGGCAGGUCAUUUGCCGGACAAUUCAGUUUUCGCUUCACCCCUCUUAUUCAAUAACAAUACCACCCCACCUCCUUCAUCCUCCUCAUCAUCAUCGUCGCCAACAUCAUCGUCACACAAUCUUCAGCUAUAUCAUCAUCAGCAAGAACCACAACAAUUACAACAAGAACAACUACACUCUGAACAUGCGCUUCAUUUUGAACAUUCUCCCUCUCCCUCCCUCCAGCAACACGCACUACUACCACCACCGCCAUCACCACCACCACCACUCGAACAAGAGCAGCAGCAGCAUCAACAACAACAACAACCGCCGAUUCCGGAAGCAGCAGCCAUAGUACAGCACCAGCAAGCCCUUGAGCUAGAGGACAUUCAAGAAGAACUCCAAUUAACGCAUCCAUGUGCUUUUGUAGACAAUAGUCCGAUUGCCGAUACGAUUGAUGCAUCCGCAUUAGAAUCAGCUGCGAGUGAAGCUAUUGGACUGAACGCUGACAUUGCAACAACUAGUCAACAGCAGCAGCAGACACAGCCACAACGCCCGUGUCUACAGCAGGAAGAACAACCAGUGGUUAGUUUGAGUGGUGCUCAACGCUCGACACUGAGCGUAAUAGGAGAAGGUGCAGCUGGUAGCAGCGCAUCUAACAUACGUAACCAAACACCUCCAAUAUCACUGCCAUUGCUGUUGCAAGAAGAGGACGACGAAGACGAGGACGCCGACGCCGACGACGAAGAAAAUCUUAGUGGCGAACAACAACGCGUUCGAGCACCAAAGUCACCUGCUGCACUAACGUACGCUACGCAUUUUACACACCAUCCAUUCACGCACCCACUAAACCACCACCACCAUCAUCAUUAUUAUCCCAAUUUUGGUGGCUGUAUAAAUAAUUCACCAUUUGCGUUUGACAUACCUGCUUUGUCCGGUGGGGGCGACAGCAUCAGCAUCAGCAGCAAUAAUAACAAUAAUAGCGGCAUUAGCUUUAUCAGCCAAAUAAAUCCCAGUAACGGCGCGAAUACAAACGCAAUACUAACAGCAAGCAUGCUUGGGAGCAGCAGCAAUAGCGACAACCCGUCCGGCGGCGGCGGCGGCRGUGCCACUGCCCUAUCAAGCAACAUCACUUGCGCUGGCGUUGGUGCCCACAGCAGUAGCAAUCAUAAUCAUCAUUCGCGUCAGCAAGUGACCGAUCGCCUAAAAAUGCUCUAUCCAAAUGUGAACGAAGCUGAAACUCCACUGCCACGCUGCUGGAGUCCACACGACAAAUGUCUAUCUAUUGGACUAUCGCAGAAUAACCUACAUGUACACUAUAAAGGCGUAGGUAAUAAGCACGACGGUCCUGCCUCUGUGCGCACAGCUCAUCCGAUUCCACCCGCCUGUGGCCUAUACUAUUUUGAAGUGAAAAUCAUAUCGAAAGGUAAAGAUGGUUACAUGGGUAUCGGUUUGACAGCUCAGCAAUUUCGCAUGAAUCGUUUACCAGGUUGGGACAAGCAUACGUAUGGUUACCAUGGUGACGAUGGCAAUUCAUAUGCGCAAUCCAAUACUGGUCAAUCGUAUGGACCGACAUUCACAACUGGCGAUGUAAUCGGUUGCUGUGUGAAUUUUGUGGAUAAUUCAUGUUUUUACACAAAGAAUGGCAUUGAUCUUGGUGUCGCGUUCAGAGAUUUACCGUGUAAACUAUAUCCAACGGUGGGCCUACAAACGCCUGGUGAGGAGAUCGAUGCCAAUUUUGGCCAGGAGCCAUUCAAAUUUGAUCAAAUCGAAGAUAUGAUGAAGCAAAUGCGUGCUCAAAUGAGGACCGCCAUCUAUGAUUUCCCCAUGACACUCGAUCAGGGUGAUCCAACGACACUGCUACACAAAAUGGUAUCAUCAUAUCUCUUGCACAAUGGUUAUAGUCAAACUGCAGAGGCAUUCGCUCGCACCACUGGUCAAACAUUUCAAGAGGAUAUUUCAUCGAUUCGAAAUCGUCAAAAAAUAUUAAAACUUGUAUUAUCCGGCAAAAUGGGUCACGCCAUUGAGCAUACGCUGCGCUCUUAUCCGGGUUUAUUAGAGAAUAACAAAAGUCUUUGGUUCAUGCUGAAGUGCAGACAGUUCAUAGAAAUGGUGAAUGGCUCAGAUAUUGAGACAACGCCACCGAAUCAAACAUCGGUCAUACAGUCAACCAAAUCAUAUCAGAAUGGUAAGAGCACAGUAGCACAUAAUAAUGCACAGACUAUGGUGACAACAUCAACUACAACAACAAAUUCAGCUGUGAUAAAUGCCGAUAAUCAUGCGCAUCAACAGGAACUGAAAAACACAUCUGUUUCGGAUGAGAACUGCUCUGGUGAUGCGAUUUCAAUUAAUAAUAAAAACAAUAGCACCAAUAUCGAUUAUUUGAAGCAACUCAUGCAAAAACGGCAGUUCCAAUUUCAAUAGUUCUUUAGACGUUGAUGAAGAAAUGGACAUCGACGUAUCACCUUCCGCACAGAAAUAUAGUCAUGGCAUCGAACGGAUAUUGGAAUUCGGCAAAGAGCUAUCUCAAAUGGGACAGCAAUUGGAGAAGGAGAACAAAUUGAACGAUGAGGAUCGACAAAUGUUGGAAGAUGCAUUUAGUUUAAUCGCCUAUUCAAAUCCCUGGUCCAGCCCGUUGGGUUGGCAACUUUGUCCCACGAAACGAGAAAACGUAUGCACAGCACUUAAUUCCGCUAUUUUAGAAUCGAUGAACUAUCCACGUCGCCCGCCACUUGACGUGUGCGUAGCGCACGCCGCUGAAUUGCUUAAGGUGAUGGCUCGGGAAUCGCUCGGUGCUUGUGCGUUCGUAAAUAUCGAAGAUGUCUUUCCACAAAAUUGACC